CUGUAGAUAUAGUAGUGGUGGUACUUAGUGUUUCCCUUUAAUUACUCAUAAUGUUUUGUCCAUCAAUAUGAAUAAUUUAUAGAAUCCUGGAAAACAGAUCUGGAGAUCCUCUCAAUUCUCAGCAAUCCACACUUUACCCUUAUACAGUCCCUGUCCAUCCAGCACACAGAUACACUGGGCACAGUGGGUCAGUACAUGCUUUAUUCGGGGAAUGUGCUCCAUGAGUGAUUUAGCCAUUGUAGCCCGUGGCAGUGAUAGAGACAGACCGGGUUACACUGAGAAUAGGACCAUAACUGUGUAAUACUGCCAGCUGUGUAUUGUGCUGGUCACCAGUCAGAUAAAGCAGGCGUUUCAGAUGGAAAAGUGAACAAGCAGCGAGAUAUGAAAUCCCACAGCUUGGUAUUUUUCCAUAACAAACGCAGAUGUGACGGUUAAGGACAAGAACACACACACACAAUAAACACACUGCGACAUUGGGAAGGACGGACUACGAAUCCCGGCAUGCUCCUCGGUUUCCGCAGGACACCAGGGGCGUCAACGUCUGAAGUGAUCUCACGGAAAACGUCACCAGGGGUUGCCAUGGCAACCGAAUGACGUAGAAGCCUGUGACAGUGGUGAUCCGAACCGGCAUCCUCUCCGAGGUCAGACCUGAGGAGUCCGGCCUGAGCAACGGGCUCCUCCUCCCAACCAGCGGGACCGCACCACGUCCACACCGGCCUCAUACUCCUUCCUUCCUUCGGCGGUCAGACCCAACCCUGCUCCUCUAUGGCGGCGACCUGCGCGAGCCGCCUCACUGGUUUUGGCGCGCGCUCCCUCAGCGACUUCGUCGGGCUCGCGACAUUCCAGGGUCUCCGGGGCUGCCGGUCGCGAGCGCACCGCCACCCAAUCAGGUGAGAGGAAUCCCAAGGUGGAGCGCGGCGGCAGGGGCGUGGCUUCACCAGGGUCAUGUGUUAGUUGUAUUUCUAAUUUUCUGUAUUUAUCACCCAGCACCUUAUAUAAUCCAUAUGGGUGUGGGUUUGUAAUGUAAUGCAGGUCUCUCAGUAGUAAAGACAUUUUAUUUUCUUAAAAUCAACAGAUAACUGCCUGACUCUUACUUCCUAUGUUUUGUAAUUAAACACUGCCUCAAGGCUUUGGCUUUACUGGAUAUAGAGUGCAAGAAGCAGGAGUGCCCAGGGUUAGCCACUGCUCCCCUAGGACAGUAAGACAUAUAUGUAAAAUGAUAGGACAGGUACAGGAGCUGCAUGUAUAGAGGUGUAUUUUUAACACUGUAUGUGUUUUGGAUUUAGUUUUUUAGUUUUUAUUGGGUUGCCAGGCCUCCUUGUUCUGUCCAUAGAAUGAGUCUCUAAAAAGCAUUAUCACAGCUUUAUAAGGUCAAAGUGGAAUGUUGGUGACAAAAUGUAAUCAUUGCUGCUUAUCAUAAACAUUGGUGAUUUGCAUUGUCCAAGUAAAUGGGCAGCAGCAAUGCACCAAAACCACUACUUUAAGCCAUAGCAUUUUGGUGUUUAGAGAGUUCCUUUAAGCCAAAUAACUAGGGUGGAAAAUAUUUGGUUUUUUUUAUUUUUUAUUAUAAACUUUAAAGUCUUCAUUCCUCUUGUCAUUCUCAACAAUCUCUGGUUUAGUGAAUAACCCAAACGCAUGUGAUAGAUUAAUCUAGCUAUCAGUCCACUGUAUGAAUGGUAGUGCUUGCUCUCUCUCCUCCGUGCUGGGGGUUGUAUUGUUUCCCUGUUUAAUGGAGAACUCUAGUGGGUUUUCUAUUGUUAAUUUUAUUUCUAUUACCUGCGUGUUCUGAAAGUGAUAUUCUAGAAUUAUAUAUUGUACAAUUAAGCAUAUCAUCUGCUGGAGAUUAUGCUGUAAGUAACUAUUUUUAAUUGAAACCUGAGUAUGCAAUAUUUAGGCCUACAUAUAUGAUUUGGAAAUGUUGCUGUGGUUCACAGAUUUAUACAAUUCCACUAAUGUUGCAAAUUCAGUUUUUAAAGGGACACUAUAGUCACCAGAACAACUACAGCUAUUUGCAUUUGUUCUGGUGAGUAGCAUCAUCCCCUUAAGGCUUUUUGCUGUAAACACUGUCUUUUCAGAGAAAAUGCAGUGUUUACAUUACAGCCUAAUGAUAACUUCACGGGCCACAGAUGGCUGCUAGAGCUGCUUCCUUAAGCUGUCUUGCCUAAUGUGCAUCACAACAUAUCAAUGUCACCACCCUCUGCAUGCAGACACCGAACUUUCCUCAUAGAGAUUCAUUCAAUUCAUCUCUAUGAGGAGAUGCUGAUUGGCCAGGGCUGUGUUUGACUUGUGCUGGCUCUGUCUCCUCCAUGGCAAUCAAAGGGUUAAAAACCAGUUUAAAUACUUACCGGAUUCUGGAGUGGAGGUCCCUCAGCACAGGCUUCAUCUCCACCACCUCUGAUGCCAGAGCGAAGGGGAGCCUAAUAUGCCUGUUCGGCUAGUGCAUUUGGCCUUCCCUUAGGAAACCAUUGAAUCAAUACUUCCCUAAGCAUGAGGAAGUCUUAAAGGAUCACUAAAUUGUCAGGAAAACAAACUCGUAUAUAACCCUUAGGUCCCCCUCCCGGUGGGCUGAAGUGGUUUUAAAACCCCUUCAGCCACUUACAUUUAUCCAGCGCUGGGCUCCCUCCGCGCUGGUGACCUCUCCUACCCCGCCGACGUCAGCUCCCAAGUGGAGCAUAAUGCUCAUGCACGGCAAGAGCCACACACGCAUUCAAACAGUCCUUAGGAAAGCAUUUCACAAUGUUUUCCUAUGCACGUUCUGCACGCUGAAUGCGAUUUUCGCAUUCCAGCGUCGCAGAAGCGCCUCUAGCGGCCGUCAGGAAGACAGCCACUAGAGGUUGGAUUAACCCUGCAUUCUCUGAAACUAUGUUUACAUCUGAAGGGUUAAAACCUGGGGGAUCUGGCACCCAGACCACUUCAUUGAGCGGAAGUGAUCUGGGUGACUUUAGUGUCUCUUUAACCCUGAAAUGUAAAUAUUGCAGUUUCUAUAAAUCUGUAAUGUUUUACAUUGUAGGUUUAAGGGAACAGGAACACUGCACCCUGACCACUUUAGUUGCAGACUCCAAAACUGCAGUGGUAAAAAGGUAUAUAUUUACAUAAUAAAUAAAUAAACCCUCCAGUGUAUUUAAUAAAUACUUUUUAUUUAACCUUUGCCAAACUCGUGUAUAAAUAUAUCUAUUUAUAUAUUUCUUUUGUUUUACAGUUUUUUUUUUUUUCUUUUUCAUGGGGAUUUCACAAACUGUGUGUGUCCCACUACCGUAAAGCCCCCUAGUUUGUAUUCUGCUAUUGCACCUGAAUAUAGCAGUAGCCCACAAGUCACCUUUACCGGAUUGUGCCCAUGUCACUAUUGGGACAAAAUAGAAUCCAGCUGGAGUUUUUCCACAUUAUGACAUACCAUUUGUGGGGAAAAAUUUUUAAUAAAUGUGGAGGAGGGGGGCACCAUAGUGUUACAUUUGUAUUCCUAACUCUAUAGAAUCUAUUUAAUUCCCCAGACAGGGCCGGGGGGGGGACCAACUGCACUGUACGUUCUAUUAUAUGAAAGACCCCCUGCAGGCAGGUCAACAUUGUUGUGUAUAAAUAGCUAUGUGCUGUACAAUAAAGAUCAUCCUACCCGCUACAUUCAGACUUGUCUACUGUGUGGGGAAUAGGCUAUAAUCACUGUAGCCUGGUCCCUUGGAAGAGGUUCUCAGAGACCCCAGUCAUGCUUCGACGACUGGUUCUGAAGUGUUCCAGAAUCCCUGGUAGCAGCUAGGAAGCUGACCUGGCAGAGGUACUCGGAGUACAAGAGCUCUGUCACACUACCUUUUAGUAUAUGAUGUGAUCUUCUAUUCAUAUACAUGCACAAUAAAGUAUAUAGAAAAGUUGAAUAUCUGUGAGAAAACAACUAUGCUUUAACACUCCAAGAACAAUACUGUAAAUAAAGUAACAAUUACGGGAAUUAAAGUGACUGUCACUGUCUGGGGUCUUUCAACAUUUUACACAAAACCCCCAUUGUGAUUGCUCCAAUUGGUGUCCAGAGGCUUCAGGGUGCAGGGCAAGGUGAGUUUUACUAAGCUGAGCCAGUCCCUGACAGCCAUCACCAUCUUCAUCCAUCUUCAGAUUCAUCAUCCAUCUUUAGCUCCUGGCGUUUUAUCUGUCAGGAGCCCAUGGCAGUGUGGUAUUCUCGCACAUGCUCGAAAGUGUAACAUUGAGGUCUAUGUAGGAUCCAAUGAGAUCCUGAAUAGACAAUGCCUCUUUCCCUACAGCUGUCAAAAGUGAUGGCUGGGGGAAAUGUCAGAAAUUGACGUCUAUAGCUCCACCUUUUGUCAAGUUUUGUUAAGGGCAGGGAAUAUGCCAAGAUAAAGUAGCCCCUUCUCAGAAUAUCUUUUGACUGUAUUGGAAUUUCACUGAAACACAGUCAAUGUAGAUCUAUACACUUAGGGAAGAGAUCUCUCAUCUUUCUUCUUCCUCUUACAAUACAUCCCCUAACAUCACUCCCUCUGCUGUUCUAUUUUCAUUUGAAACCGCUACAGCGGAAGAGGUUUCUGCUCUGCUCCAGUUCUCCCGCCCCACCACCUGCUCCCUAGAUCCAAUUCCCUUGCAUCUCAUCCGUACUGUCUUCUUCUCGUUCUCUACCUCUCACUAAAAUUCUCAAUCUCUCUCUCCUCUGGCAUAUUUCCUUCGCCCUUCAAACAUACAACUGUAACCCCAAUUCUAAAGAAGCCCAACCUUGACACUAACUCGCCGUCCAACUACCGUCCUAUCUCGCUACUGACUUUUGCAUCCGAGAUCCUUGAAAGAGUUGUGUAUGCAAGAUUGACAGACUUCCUUGAGUCCAAUUCUCUGCUAGAUCUGCUUCAGUCUGGUUUCCGCGCUAAGCACUCUGUAGAAACGGCAAUGACCAGUAUCCAAUGAUCUACUCGCUGCAAAAUCUUGUUGUCACUACUCUAUCCUAAUUCUUUUCGACCUUUCUGCAGCUUUUGACACUGUUGAUAAUCAACAGCUUCUUCUCAUCCUCCGCAAUAUCGGUCUACAUAUCUGGUGCUCCUCCUACCUCUCCCAGCGCUCUUUCAGUGUUUCUCUUUCUCUGGCUCUACUUCUUUUCCCCAACUCUUCUCUGUUGAUGUCCCCCAAGGUUCAGUCCUUUGUCCCCUACUGUUCUCCAUCUGUACUGCCUCCCUUGGUAAACUCAUCAGCUCCUUUGGCUUCCAAUAUCAUUUCUUUGCGGAUGGCACGCUACCUCUGUGUGUCCUGUCUUGAUCUCUCCCCGUCCCUCUUGAUUAGUGUCUCUGUCUGCCUUUCUGCUAUUUCUAACUGGAUGGCUGCUUACUUCCUUAAACUUAACUUGACCUUCCUCAAGUGUUGUUACUCCUGUGUCUGUCUCCCUCCAAGUCAACGGUGCUACCAUCCGCUCCACCACGCAAGUUCGCUGCCUAGGUGUUCUCUUUGACUCCAACCUCUCCUUCACGCCUCAUGUUCAGUCUAUCGCCAAAUCCUGCCGCUUCCAUCUCAAAAACAUUGGGCAUAUCUGACCCUACUUAAAGCCAGAUGCGACUAAGCUGCUGGUCCAUUCCACUGUCCUUUCUCGCCUUGACUGCUGUAAUCCGCUUCUCAGUGGUCUUACGUGCUCCCAACUUGCACCGUUACAGUCCAUAAUUAAUGCGGCGACGAGGCUCAUCUUGUCCGCCCGCACCGCCCACGCCUCACCCUUCUCUCAUUGGCUUCCUGUAAGAUAUAGGGCUCAAUUUAAAAUUCGGGUUUCUUGCUUUCAAAUCUCUACAUAAUGCUGCUCCCACCUAUCUAUCCCUCCCUAAUACACAAGUAUGUCCUGUCUAGGCCCUUACGCUCUACUGAAGACCGUACUCCCACCUCUGAUGCUCGCCUUUACGACUUCUCGAGGGCUGCACUGUUCCUGUGGAACUCACUUCAGUCUUCCAUUAGAUGCUCACCCAGUCUCCACGCCUUUAAAAAAAAAAUCAUUAAACCCCACUUCUUUAUAAAAGCGUAUCAAUUAAACUGUUAAAGGACCACUAUAGUGCCAGAAAAACAUACUCGUUUUCCUGGCACUAUAGUGCCCUGAGGGUGCCCCCACCCUCAGGGACCCCCUCCCGCCCGGCUCUGGAAGGGGAAAAGGGGUAAAAACUUACCUUUUUCCAGCGCUGGGCGGAGAGCUCUCCUCCUCCUCUCCGCCUCCGUUACGCCCCGCCGGCUGAAUGCGCACGCGCUGCAAGAGCUGCGCGCGCAUUCAGCCGGUCUCAUAGGAAAGCAUUUACAAUGCUUUCCUAUGGACGCUGGCGUGCUCUCACUGUGAUUUUCACAGUGAGAAGCACGCAAGCGCCUCUAGUGGCUGUCAAUGAGACAGCCACUAGAGGGAAUAGGGGGAAGGCUUAACCCAUUAAUAAACAUAGCAGUUUCUCUGAAACUGCUAUGUUUAUGAAAAAAUGGGUUAACCCUAGCUGGACCAGGCAUCCAGACCAUUUCAUUAAGCUGAAGUGGUCUGGGUACCUAGAGUGGUCCUUUAAUAUCUCCCAACUAAUUCCUCUCUUGCGACUGUAAUUAGUUUAAUAAUAUCCUUACCUUUUAUGUCACUUUACCCCACUCCCUCUAGCAUGUAAGCUCAUUGAGCAGGGCCCUCAACCCCGCUGUUCCUGUGUGUCCAGCAUGUCUGGUUACAACUACAUGUUUGUUCGUCCACCCAGUGUAAAGCGCUGCGGAAUUUGUUGGCGCUAUAUAAAUAAUAACAUAAAAUGUGAGUAUUUCAUAAAGAUGAUAUAUUUAUGAAAUACUCAUUUGGUAGAAGGGAGGUGACAGAGCCACUUUAAAUUUAAAAAAAUUGCUUCAAAAAAGAAUGUGUCAGAUGACAUGAUGCACUUGACGAAAGCUAAAAAUUGCAAUGCCCUUCAAGGCUAGCUGAGGCUGGAUAUAGUAAUUUGUCACAGUUAAUUCUCACUGUAGCUCUAUAUCUUUCCCAAUCUUAUUCCAAUGCCAAAAAGUUUUACUUUACAGUAUGCAAUUUUGUUUUUAAAAAUGUAUUUACUUUUUUAAAAAUUUUUUUUGUCAAUUUAAAAAAAAAAAGUUUACAUUUUUAUUGAGCGGGGAUAGCACAGCACAAGUAAAAACAUAGUACAUUAUGUAUAUAGUAAGAAUAAAAACUCAAAUCGAAAAAGCUAUUUGUAUGUAUAUAGCAACCACUCCUUUUUUUGUUUUUGCUAUAUUAUGGCAUGUACAACUAUAUGCAUGUCAUUACAUGUAUAACAAAAGGAGUUAUACUGGUAUUUAUGAACCACAGGAUAGUUGACUAAUUUAUGUCAGACACAUGUAUGAAAAUAAAAUGUGUGACAUGAAACAAAAUAUAUAACUGAUGUGAAAUCCACAUGGAGCCCAUUCAACAGAUCAAAACAGCACUGUAGAGACACAAAUCAUAAAAAUAUAAAAUUGAAAAAAACAAGUAAGAAAUAAGGCUGGACUGCAAGCCAUAUAUAUAACUUACCCAGAUGGGCAAGGCAUAGAAAAUCUUGCUAGCAACCCUGGUUGGCUUCCAGCAACCAUGGCAGAGGUGAGACCAGAACUUCUAACACAAUUGGUCGGAUCUUGUCAUAAUCUCCUCCUAGAUGUAUGCCUGUUUAUUGUACUACAAGGUCGCAUUGUCAUCUUGUUACCUAUAUACAUCAUCAGUCCUCUUUCAAACAUUCGACAGUCUCCAAUGUUGGGAGCAGGAUAACACCAUCGGAUCUGCAGGCAGAGGGGCAGGAGACUCAAUGGCUUUCGAGCAUAAACUAUUUCUACUGCAUAGGCAGCAGUUAUCACCACAAGCUCCCAUCUUGAGUAAAACUCAGUCAACAAACUUCCACUUGGUAGCAGGUGACUACAGUCAUUGUGCUUGUAUGUGGUUACCCUAACUGGUUGAUUAUACAGCAGUUAUUUAACGAUUAUUAUGAUUUCUCUCUGAAGAAUUCGCUUGAGAACCUGCUAGCCAGCAUGGCGGUCAGGCCCACCCACCCAUACAAUAUUUUUGUAUGAAGUUUGUUGUUUGUGCAUGUCCAUAAUUAUAUUAUGGUUGGUCAAACUAGUAAAUGAUCAAGUAGCAAAUUGCCGUGCUGCACCAAUCAUUACGAGGAUUCUGAACGUUGGUCUUGUGAGCUUCGCAGGACUGAACCCAGGAAGCCCCUCCAGUGGUUGUCCGAGGUGGAUUAAGCAGCAGUGAAAAUACUACUUUUCUCAAAAAAGCCAGCAUUUACACUGCUUAGGAUAUAUGUCCCUCAACCACUAGAUUAAGCUGUAGUGGUUCAAUGGCUAUAGUGUCCCCUUAAUAGAAUAUACAAAUAAAUGCAAAGUGAAGCUACAGCUGGCGUUUAAUAAUUUAAAAAAAAUUUUUUUUUUUUUUUUUAUUAUUAUUUUUUAUUUUUGUCGUGCGCGUAGGUACGUUGCAAGGUCAGACGCCACAACAGCGUACACAUUGUAUACAGGUUAAACAUUGGCAUGAGUAUGUGCACAUUUUUUGUUUUUGUGAUACUUGAACAGGUUUAGUGUAGCUUAUGAGUUUUCAUAAUAAGGUGUAGUACACAUGUAACGUUAAGAGUGAAAUACACAAACGUUAUGCAAGUUAAGUCCAGCUGGACAUAAAGUAAUAGUGAGUAGCAUAUCCAGGUGAUACUCGAAAAAUUUGAAUAUCGCGCAAAAGUUCAUUUAUUUCAGUAAUGCAAUAUAAAAGGGUAAACUAAUAUAGAUGCAUUACAUGCAAAGCAAGAUAGUUCAAGCCGUGAUUUGUCAUAAGUGCAAUGAUUAUGGCUUACAGUUAUUGAAAACCCCAAAUCCACGAUCUCAGUAAGUUAGAAUAUUGUGAAAAGGUGCAAUAUUCUAGGCUCACAGUGUCCCACUCGAAUCAGCUAAGUAAGCUAUAAGCACCUGCAAAAGGUUUCUGAGCCUUUAAAUGGUCUCUGUCUGGUUCAGUAGGAAUCACAAUCAUGGGGAAGACUGCUGACCUGACAGUUGUGCAGAAAACCAUCAUUGACACCCUCCUUAAGGAAGGAAAGCCUCAAAAGGUAAUUGUGAAGGAAGUUGAAUGUUCCCAAAGGGCUGUAUCAAAGCACAUUAAUAGAAAGUUGUGUGGAAGAAACAGGUGCACAAGCAGCAGGGAUGACCGCAGCCUGGAGAGGAUUGUCAGGAAAAGGCCAUUCAAAAGUGUUGGGGACUUUCACAAGGAGUGGAUUAAGGCUGGAGUCAGUGCAUCAAGAGUCACCACACACAGACGGAUCCUGGACAUGGGCUUCAGAUGUCGUAUUCCUCUUGUCAAGCCGCUCCUGAACAACAAACUACGUCAAAAGCGUCUUACCUGGGCUAAAGAAAAACAGACUUGGUCUGUUGCUCAGUAGUCCAAAGUCCUCUUUUCUGAUGAGAGCAACUUUUGCAUCUCAUUUGGAAACCAAGGACCCAGAGUCUGGAGGAAGAAUGGAGAGGCACACACUGCAAGAUGCUUGAAGUCCAGUGUGAAGAUUCCACAGUCUGUGUUGAUUUGGGGAACCAUGUCAUCUGCUGGUGUUGGUCCACUGUGCUUCAUUAAGUCCAGGGUCAACGCAGCCGUCUACCAGGAGAUUUUGGGGCACUUCAUGCUUCCUUCUGCAGACGAGCUUUAUGGGGAUGCUGACUUCAUUUUCCAGCAGGACUUGGCACCUGCCCACACUGCCAAAAGCAGCAAAGCCUGGUUCAAUGACCGUGGGAUUAUUGUGCUUGAUUGGCCAACAAACUCACCUAACCUAAACCCUAUAGAGAAUCAAUAGGGCAUUGCCAAGAGAAAGAUGCGAGACAUGAGACCGAACAAUGCAGAAGAGCUGAAGGCCGCUAUUGAAGCAUCCUGGUCUUCCAUAACACCUCAACAGUGCCACAGCCUGAUAGCUUCCAUGCCACACCGCAUUGAGGCAGUAAUUGCUGCAAAAGCGGCCCAAACCAAGUAGUGAGUCCAUAUGCAUGCUUAUACUUUUUAUAGGUCUGAUAUUGUUCUAUGUACACUCCUUGUUUUAUCGAUUGCAUGUAAUAUUCUAAUUUACGGAGAUUAUAGAUUUGGGGUUUUCAUGAGCUGUAAGCCAUAAUCAACGCACUUAUGACAAAUCACGGCUUGAACUAUCUUGCUUUGCAUGUAAUGCGUCUAUCUCCUAUAUUAGUUUCCCUUUUUACAUUGCAUUACUGAAAUAAAUGAACUUUUGUGCGAUAUUCUAAUUUUUUUUAGUAUCACCUGUAAGGUUAACUUUGAGCUCAGGCAAUAAUAGAACAUCCUGUAUGCUUUGCGUGUGAUAGUUUAAACUUGAUGUAUGGCCCUAAGACUAAAACUAUAUUUGAAGGAAAUUAAGAAAUAAAAAUCUAACUUGCGUGAAUGUGAGCUAUGCUAUGCAUAUGUAUACUCCAUAAUUGGUCGAUUGACUUCGAGUGAUACCGCUCCCCAUGGUCCCCUGUAUGAUCAAGGAAAUAUAAUAAGUGCAAUCAAACGUGUGUGAGUGUUCAACUAGGGCAUUGAACGUUAAGAGACGGAGGGCACUUUGCCUGGCAUUAAGUCCCAGUCUUGUUUGGAUCAGCCGAUGCCUUGCUUGAGCUGGAUGCAUUCUGUCUGCGCUGUUUGUUGCGGCAGCGGUGUGCUCGUCGCUCUCCGUGGUCCGGUACUGUGGGAAAGGAGUGUCUCAGUGCGAGUAGGUGGCCCUCUUGGUAAGUAGAGUAUAGUCCCGGUUGUGGUGUGCCAUCGGGCUGGUUCACCGAUUCUGGGGGCCACGUGUGCAUCUCCAGCUUCUCCCAGAAGGAGCAGAAUAUGUUAAGUCAAGUCGGAGCUCUGUGUCCCUCCAGGCUUUGCUUAGUGCUGCGGCGUGUGCAUAGUAGGAGAGCUUCAAGACCUGUAAGUACUUGGCAAAAUGCUGUCAAGGAAUUUAAAAGGACAUUAAAGGACCACUAUAGGAACCCAGACCUUCAGCUUAAUGACGUGGUCUGGGUGCCAGGUCCAUCUAGGGUUAACCCUGCCAGCUGUAAACAUAGCAGUUUCAGAGAAACUGCAAUGUUUACAUUAGGGUUAAUCCAGCCUCUAGUGGCUGUCUCAUUGACAGCCGAUAGAGGCGCUUCUCACUGUGAUUUUCACAGUGCGAAGACGCCAGCGUCCAUAGGAAAGCAUUGAGAUAUGCACGCAUGUGCAUUCAGCGGAUGACGUCGGAAGAGGGAGGAGAGUCCCCAGCGCCGAGGGAGCCCGGCGCUGGAGAAAGGUAAGAAUUUAACCCCUUACUCCCCUUUCAGCCCGACGGGAGGGGGGACCCAAAAAUCCUAUAGAUCCAGGAAAACGAGUUUGUUUUCCUGGCACUAUAGUGGUCCUUUAAGCCCAUGCCUAAAGUACUUUUGAAAGUGCUCUGCCUAUGUUCUAUCCUGAGUGCUGCUGAUCUCAUAGGUUCUGUUAACCUGCAGUACAUUUUCACAUGGCUAAUAUUUCUCUUCUUUAGAACUGCCCAUUCUAGGUGUUGCUAGGUGAAGCAAGUGGCAUCAUUGGCAUACCCACAUAGGCCCACCCACCACCUAUCCUAAUUUCCUACCACAGGAAUGUUGGACGGUAUAAUAAUGAAAGCUAUUCCUUUGUCAGUAAGCUAUAAGGAAUGCUAGUGUGAGUUUUGAGCACUUUGUUCUUAAUGUGUAUUAAAAUGCUACUAUUUCUGAUUUUUACACAAUGCCUUCUUAUUUGAUUUAUUCCUUUACAGGGGUAAACCACUUUCAGCAAUCCAGAUGUUUUGCCCCUUUUAUGGCUGUAAGGCCAUGGAAGAUGUAGUCCACAUCAGUAUCUGGCGUGUCGAAGGUUGCCUACCACAAUCUAGGACAACAUUGUAUUUAGAACAUCUUUUGAAAUGCAUUUUACGAUCACAUUCUUUGUGUUGUCUCAUGCAAAAAUAGCUGUGCUUACAUUCCAUAAAAUAUAUUUAAAAUAUAUUAUAAGAUUUUCAUGGCGAGCACACUCCUCCGUUGCCAGGCUUCGCUCAGAGCAGGAACUUCCGCUUGGAGUUUCGGCAGACCUCAGAUAAAUUACUGUUCUCAAACUGUGUGACUACUUGGCACUCUUGAGACCCUCUUAGCACCAUAACCAUUACAGCAGGUGGUAGUAACAGUGCCCGGAGUGUUGGCUACUCUUGGUACCAGAACAUUUCCUUUAAACUAUAUAAAAGUAUAUUUCAGUUUUGUUGCAGGCCUAUUUUAUUACAGUUCUAUGUUUGCAGAAGUUGUGAAAUUGAAACUAUGUCUGGCUUCAUGGUGUGCUAAACUCAACAUGUCACAACACUUACUGAACAAAAAGUCAUAAGCUGUGGAGCAUUGGUGAAGUAUCGGAGUGUAUGCUAGUACAUACAGUACUGCCAGACUUGCCUGAGGCUGGUAAUGCAGGUUAGAAGUAGAAAAAGUAGGAGUGGCUUUAGGCCUCUAGUUGGUUAUAAUUUGAUCAGCUAUAGACUAUACGUGGAGUAAAACUUCUGUUGCGACAAAUAACAUUGCAGUUUAUAUAUUUAGGCAUACUACUUCUUCUAUAAAUUGCCAAACUCUUAGCUUUUUUACUUCAUGCACAUAUAUUUAGGUAUAAAGAUGUACAUCAUUGUACAUAGUUUUCUUAUGUGUGCACGUCUGAGCGUGCACUAUGUUUUCAGAGGGUUAGACAGAACAAAACCACAAAGUAAUUUGUGUUUUGUUUUAUUUAAUUUUGGUCAAGUUAAACCAGUCAUAGCUAACUUGAAACAGUUGUAGGACCCUCUUUGUGAUCAGUAUUAUAGAACUUUAAAAAGGGACUCUAUAGUCACCAGAACAACUACAACUUAUUGCAUUUGUUCUGGUGAGUAGAAUCAUUCACUUCAGGCUUUUUGCUGUAAACACAGUCUUUUCAGAGAAAAUGCAGUGUUUACAUUACAGCCUAAUGAUAACUUCACUAGCCACUCCUUAGGUGGCUGCUAGAGCUGCUUCCCAUCCUUGUCUUUCCUAGUUUGAAUCACAGCAUUCAGUAUCACCUCCGUCUGCAUGCAGACAUUGAACUUUCUUCAUAGAGAUUCGUUGAUUCAAUUCAUCUCUAUGAGAAGAUGCUGAUUGGCCAGGGCUGUGUUUGACUUGUGCUGGCUUUGCCCCUGAUCUGCCUCCUUUACAGUCUCAGCCAAUCCUAUGGGGAAGCAAUGUGAAUGGCUUAAAACACUUCUGGUGAUGUCAGCAGGCAGCUUGCUGUUCUAAGGCAACCCGGGGCAAAACCAGCAACUGCAGACUUGAAUACAAGUACGAUUUUACUAUAGGGAGGCAAGAGGGGGCCAGGGGGAUUAGAUGGUGGUUUUAACACUAUAGGGUCAGAAAUAUGUUUGUGUUCCUGACCCUAUAGUGCUCCUUUAAGGGUUGCUACAACCACCAUGACCACUCCAGGGAUUUGAAACACAACACACACAGAUGUUAAUUGUUUCCUGGUGGCUGAUUGCACUCUCAGCACACCUGACUUAGGCAGCCCAGAAUUCGGUGCAUAAAAUAGGUCUGUGGUCAGCACGCACUGCAUGCUAUCAACAGACAUGAAAAUCUUUCCCUUGCAGGUAGACUACCUCUGAAAUCCCUCCCGCCUUCCUCCAUGCACAUUGGCUGUGCAUGCGCUCUGAGAUGGCGUAACGGUCCAAUCACAGGCUUCUCUAUGAGAAACCUGAGAUUGGACUGCACGUGGUCCCAGUCAUGUCAGGGGGAUUCAAGGAGAGUAAAACUGUUUUUUUUUUAUUUUAUUUUUUUAAGGUUUUAGUACAAAUUGAAAUUGAGAGGGGGACCCUCCUCAUACUGCCCAGUAAGGCAUAUUAUAACAAAACGGUCCCUUCUCCCAAAAGGGUUAUAGUAACCCUUUAAUAUGAAAUAUUACAGAGCAUGCUCACAAAAGCAGUCAUGCACAGAUUGGCCAAGAUACAUUCUUACUAAAGUUGUGACAUACAAAAUGUGCCUGGACUAGAACUCUCUCUAGCAUGUAAGCUCAUUGAGCAGGGCCCUCAACCCCUCUCUGUUCCUGUGUGUCCAACUUGUCUGGUUACAACUACAUGUCUGUUCGUCCACCCAUUGUAAAGCGCUGCAGAAUUUGACGGCGCUCUAUAAAUAUCAUAAUAAUAAUAAUAACUCUCUGCAAACAAGGGAUAUAUGCUUAUUGCAACAUUUGUGUCUUGGCAGCUAGUCACCUUGCUCUGCAUCAAUCUUUGGUAUAAAAAGCUACAUGUCUGAUUUUGUGUCAUAAACAUAUUACAAGAAAAUAUAGCGUGUUCAGCAUGUAAAAUACUAUCACAAACACAGGCACUUUACAUGUGUAAAUGCCAAAAAGGGGAAAAACAAACAUCAUAAUAAAUAAUAAAGUACCCCAUAACCAAAUAAAAAAUAUAAAUAUACCUGCAGUCACUUAUGGAAAUGUCAUCAAAAUAAAUGUACCAUAAAAGUAUUUUGAAUAUAUCAAUAUAAAGUAUGUAUAUAAGAAGUGAUUCAGCUAACUGUACACCUAGAACCACUCAAACGGAAAACAUGUUUUUGUAAUUGAAAAAUAAACGAAAACAGUGGAACCUCAGAACCGAAUCAACAUUUCCCAUAAGCAUUAAUGUAAAUUUGAUUAAUCCGUCCCAGACCCCCAAAAUUACAGCAUUUUAAUACAAAUAUUAGUUUAAUAAUGCCUUACGUGCAUAAAAUCAUACAGGAAAUAAAUUUAAAAACAAUGUACAGUAAAUGAAAAUGUAACUUCAUUUAAACUGUAAUGAUGAAAGUUGAUGGCGUAAGUGGAAAGGAGAAGAGCUAUUAUUGUUUAAAUUGGGAUAGGUAACUGUUCUUCUGGCAUAGAAAAUGUAUCUGAAGUGUUUCUAAUUAAAAUGUUUGUGGCAUGAUUUGUUCGGGUACUGAGGAUCAUUCGGGUACCAAGACAUUUUUUACUCAAAAUUUUUGUUCGACUUCCGAAUUGUUUGAGAAAUCGACCGUUCGCGUUCCGAGGUUCGACUGUACAAGAAAUAUCUUCCUGUAUUAUUUUGUGAAAUGCACAACUUGCUACUUGCCAUGAUUUUUUAUUUUUAUGAUUUACUUAUACACUGCAUGUAACAAAUAUGCAAUAACGGUAGUAAUCCACACUUCUUGAUUCUUGAAUGGGGCACCUUCAAAUUGACUCCCUGUUAAUCAUUUCUGCAAGGUCUGUCCUUUGUUCUGUCAUGAAGACCACAUAUAGAGAAGAGGAAACCUUUAAUAAUGUUUCUACUUCUCUGUCAGGAUUACUGUUGAUCCAGCACGCAGAAUAGUAUCAAACCUAGAACUAAGGAUAACGUUUAACCGGACUUAACGUACCUGAGAAUAGUCAAAAUACUUGCCGAGGUCAGGGACACAGAAUGAGACACAACAAUGAGGAAAGCCAAUAGUCAGGGAUACCAUAAUAAAGGAAAGUCAAAACAAAGCCAAAGUCAAAUACCAGAAAAAACACGUUCAGGAACACACUCUCGGAUAACCAGCUAGUGGAAACCACGACAGGGCACUUGUAAAAAUGUAAUUUUGGUUUAAAUAACCCUCCUUAGGCUGUAAUUGGCUGUCUCUGACCUCUGACCCCAAAACGUGUGCGCGCGUCUAUGACGUGACGUUGCACGCACAUUGGUAAGUUUCUUUUAAAAGCCCGAACUGCAGCGGACGGCGUUCCUAAGAACAUUGCACCCGCUGGGGACCGGAAAGGAGGGAGGCAGCUGCCUGCCGGGGGCAAAGGUAAGUCUGAAAUAUCUGUGUCGGUGUGGCUGCUUAGUUUGUGUGCAGCCACGCUGGCAGAGGGACUGGAAGCCGUGACAUUCUCAUCCUCAUUUGCAAUGUGUGCCCUGGCUGUGCCUAGAUGAAAUUGUAUUGUAAUUUUCUACACGUUUACUAUAACUCUAAAAGAAAUUAUCACGUGACAAAAGGUUAACUUGGGUCAUGGGUGAUUUUCACAGUUAUAUUUUUAGAAAAAAGACAGCGAUCCUUUAAUAUCUUGUUGCUAGUGAGGACAGCCAUCUUUAAAGGGACACUCCACUUCAAUUCCCAAAUGGUCAAAAAACUAGAAAUUCCUAUUUAGUAGAUCUAGUCCAAUGAAUACAUGCACAUAUGGUGGGGAUAAAUCUUAAAAGAACUUGCAAUAGCUGCAGUUCUUAUGGGAAAUAAUCUAAAAGAGACUUCUCAUUGAGAAGCCUCUAAAGCUCUCUCUCCUGUUUUAAAGCCAGUGGAGGUGGUGGGGGGGGGGGGUUCAUAGAAGUCAGCACUCUUUCUAAACGGUCAUUAUAAUAGGAUGCUCCUCACUUUAAAGCACUACAGCAAGUUGAAGUGUUUUAUGGGGGUGAAGUGGUUCUUUAAGACUUUUUAAGGCAUCAGUUGUAUGCCAAAACCAUGGGCAAUUUAAACUUGAACUCAGCUGAGAGUGCAUAUAUGAAAUGCUGGUACUCUUACUUUUGCAUAAUGUCAGGCUUUGUGAAUAUGAACUAGCUUUUCAUUACCUGAUUCAUAAACAGUGCUUCAUGCCAAAGAUAAUUUAGACAGCCACCCCAUGGAUGCAGUUUAAGCCAAAAUUUGCACUUGAGAGGUAAUUGCUUGUCAAAUGUCAUCAUCAGUUACCAAUUGUAAUGUACUUUAACAAAAAAGCUAAAUAAAGAUAUGGUAAUCCCUUGUAUAUGGGCAUUGCAAAAUACAUGAAAUCUUUUACCUUAAAUCUAAAGUUAAAACAUAUAUUUUCCUUCAAGAUCAUAUAUUUUACAUAUAUCAGUGAUCAAAUUGUGGCAGUAAAAGUGUCAGUAGACUUUAAAAGUAACCUUAAAGGGGGGGGGGCGGAGCUUGACCAUCAACCUGAAUAGACUCCAUUCUUGCAUGCUCCUCUGCAAAACCUACUAUCCAAGGAAAAUCCCAUUACCCCAAGCCAAUCCAGCUCCAAACAAUUGCCAGCAAGACUCUUUAACUCCUCCUGUGGCGAUAGAUGCCAUUCUUUGCGGCCUCCAUCCAGCCGAGGUGGAGGCGGAAAAUCAGGGCCUACCCCACGCUGACACUUCAAGGCCUGGAGGCAAUAUUCACCCGUAAUGUGGCGAGACAACAGUGGGACAAAGCCUCCCCAAUGAGGUCAGACCAGCCCGCUCAUAAGCCAGCCAUGGGCCGCCGCUCACAGCGACCACGGCAGACAGAAGGGAUAUCUGGGCCAUGUCCAGCAUAGCCUAUCCCCUACUGUCCCAACAUGGCACUAGCCACACAUAGAUGAACAAACUAAACCUGGACCAGGUACUUCACCAAACGAAUAGAAGGGUGACACGCACACUCUUCCUAACCCCUGGACUGCAAAAAUAAAGAGUUGUAAAAAAUAACAAAAAUUUACCUUAAAGGGACACUAUAGUUACCAGAACAACUACAGCUUAAUGUAGUUGUUCUGGUGAGUAUAAUCAUUUCCGGCAGGCAUUUUAAUGCAAACACUGCCUUUUCAGUGAAAAGGCAGUGUUUACUCGCACCCUAGGGACACCUCCAGUGGCCAUCCUUAGAUGGCCACUGUAUGUGCUUCCUGGCGCAGUGCUGCACAGUAGGCAGCACUGCAGUUCAGCGUCUCGACGCUCAGCAUAGAAAUACUAAUUUUCCGCAGAAUUUGAUUCACUUCAUCUCUGAGGAGGUGCUGAUUGGCCAUUCCACCUCCCUGCCGAUUACAGCCGAUCCAAUGCUUUCACUUUAUGUAUUCCUGAAAUUAAAAACACUAUUUAGUCUCCCCACCCCCCUCCUGUAUAUAUAAUUUCCAGCGCCACGUAGGUCCAGCAGUGCUGGCCCCGCCUCUUUGGCUGACCUCAUCAGAAUUGAUUAUGUCAGCCAAUCACAAUGCUUUCCCAUAGGAGGCGGUCAGUGUGGAGUCAAAAGCCGCCCUGGCCAAUCAGCAUCUCCUCAUAAAGAUGCAUUAAAUCAGUGCGUCUCUAUGGGAAUGUUCAGCAUCUCCAUGCAGAGUGUGGAGACGCUGAACAUCGGUACUGCACACUGUACAGCACUAACCCAGGUAGCAUCUCUCGUGGCUGUCUGCAAUGUAAAGACUGCAUUUUCUCUGAAAAGGCGGUGUUUACAGCAAAAAGACAGCAGGGACAGGCUAUAGACACCAGAACAACUACAAUAAGCUGUAGUUGUUCUAAAUACCAUAGUGUCCCUUUAAAAUCUGCUUGUAAUCUUACUCUCUUAAAGGCUGAGUAAAUAAAAAAAAAUAAUAUGGCUUUUAGAACCUCUUUUUUGUCCUUUUGUUUGAUUGUUUGUUUAUUUAGAUGUUCAUAGAAAAUUUAUUCUGCAUAUGCUACUGUAAUUUAUUCUUUCUGAACAGGAUGUAUUUGUCAUAAGCAUCUGUAAUAAUGUUUACUUAAUCCUUCCUUUUAAUUCUCUACUACAAAAACUAUUUUGAAUCAACUUUCAGAUUUUGCAAAGUACACAUUUUUCUUUCUUGUUCCAUGUUCUUGCUACUUACAUAUAUAAAUUGCAGGGAUCUGUGCAUGUGAUGUUAUAUUUCAAUUUUUGUGGAAUCAGAUUACCAAAUGUAGUGUAAGACAAUCUUGGCAAAUGCAGUCUUCAGUACCUGUGAUGUAAGAACUUAGCUAUAGAAACAAAAUGGUGUAAUGUAUUCAAUCAUAAAAGAAAAAAACCUGAGGUCAGUUCAAGGUGAGAUAAGCCAUGUUGGUUAAAAUCCAUAUUGUGCAAUGCCCUUCUUUAAUGUUUCUUUAUGACAAUACAGUCAGUGUUUCUUUGUGUUUUUUGGACUUAACCUUUCUCUUUGUUCCAUUGUUUGUUGUUACGCACAUCUAAUAUUUGCCUGUAUUAAUACUGUUGGACAAAUAGAUACAGUGUUAAGAAAUGAGUUGGUUGCUUUGGUCUGAUAAUGUCACUUUUUGCCUGGGUAAUAGAAAGGACUACCUGAUAGUUUUUCCAUAAUAAUGGAUUGAGGACUGCAAUAUGGUAACCUACAGUUUGGAUACACUGCAUUAUGGUUGAAUUGCAACUCUUUGAUCUUCUGAUACAUGUCGUUUGGAUCCAUUUCUGAGAAACUUCUAGCUCCAUCAUAGCUUUAAAGCAUUUUAAUAUGUAAGCACUACCUUCCCACAUAUCAACCGCUAAUAGUUUCUUUCUUUCUUUCUUCCAGACAUCUGUCAUCCUGUGGUAUUCUCAUGACAAGAAACUCUAAAGGAAUCUUGCAAGAUGCCAGCAGUCCUUGUGUUCAGCACUGUCGGAGCUUCCUGGGCUUUGGUGGGCCACUGACCAAUAAACGGAAGGAAUAUUCAGAGAGGAGGAUUAUUGGGUAAGGGGGAAAUCUCUAUAUUCUAACCAUAUGUGGACACACUCCUACAGUAUUAAAUAUAUCUUUCUCCCUUCAACUACUCCUAGAAUGCAAAAUAUUAUUAUUCCCUUUUUACAUUCUAGGUUACAAUGUGGACAUGUAAUCUGCAAUGAUAUUUAUUUAGUAAACUUUCUACAUUUUCUCUUUUUUAAGUUUUGUGUGUCAUAAAUAUGAUAAAGUAUAGUCUAACUAUCAGGAUUAUUCACUAAAGUUUGAAUUGUUGGCAAUUCAAAUUAAAUUAAAACUGACCAAAAUAACCAAAUUGGAGGGAAAAGUCUCCAAGUGGCCUUAUCAAAUCUUCAGUAAAGAUUGCCAUAGGCAGAAAUGCUUCUAAGAAGAGCAGAGUUGAGCUUUGGAAUUUCCAACUCUCAGUUGCUUGUAGUGCAGGCAGGGAGCACAAACUGGCAGUCCCCAGGGUAGAAGAGGGGCGGUUUAAUCCCUUAAAGCAGGGGUUCCCAACCCAGUCCUCAAGUACCCCCUACCAGUCCAGGAUUUAGAGAUUACCCUGUUGUGUAUAAAGUGUUUUUUCUUUUUUUCCUAAAACACCUUAGAUACAAUUGGGUAAUCCCUAAAUCCUGGACUGGUAGGGGGUACUUGAGGACUGGGUUGGGAACCACUGCCUUAAAGGAAGGCUGAGGUGGGGUCUCUUGCGCCGAGGAGAGCGGCCGCCUCCCCCCUGCUUCAGCCCCAGUAGGCCGCAUUUGGUUCUCAGCGUUCCCUGCUCCGACAGGCCCCCGGAUGGUAUCGUUGGGUUCAGUGGGGCAACCCCGCCGCUUUUUGCCCCGGAUUCCGCUCCGCCCCAUGUUUUUUUGUUUGUUUUGUUUUUGUUUUUUAUGGGUUAUCAGGACAAUCACAUUGGAUGCUCCAACAGUAGUCUGCCAUCCUGUGUCUGUCCCAUCUGCUUUUUAAAAGUUGACAUUUUUCCUUUGUCCAUUUUUCCACUGUCGUAGGCACUCUACACAGGUCUUGUAAAUGUUGUGGGAAAUCAAUACUUAUCUUGUUCCCCAAACUUUACUCCAGGGGGGCGGGGCCGGGCCGCCAAGCAGCAUGGCAGCAAAGUAACAUGGCUCCGGGACAGAAUCCUGAAAAAUGCCACACAACUCACACACAAGCUGCCCCAAAGCAGAAAAACAUACAGUAGUGAUACGGGCACCACCCAAGCUACCUUACCAUACCAAACCGCAGCCACAAUCGCAUCAGGAACACCGAAACGGACGAACCCGGCCUACACACCAGCUUGAGCCUAAACAUGGGCAACCGCAGGCUGGGAACUGCCACUUAAGAGCUGGACAGGAGGAACAGACAUACAGGUCGAGGGGACCUCCACAGGGAUCUACGCGGCGAGAGCUGCGGCCCCGCUCCGCCCCCCCCUCCCUUCCCCGGCCGGUGGGGGUAAUCCUGGCCACAUGGAGGCCACACAACCCGGGCUGGACGCCACCACCGGGGGAACGCACGGCCCUCCUGUACAGGCACAGGCUGCCUAACCGUGGCCCGCCAGAUAACAACACCUGAAAUCAAGGGACGUUUAUUACCCAACUGCUUAUUUCAGGUCAGACUGCUGGCAUUACCUUGAGAAGCUGCCCCAUGGAUGUGACACCCACAGGCGGAGAUGGGCACUAGGGGUGAUGCACGUGGGCGGAGGAGGCCAGGCGGGACGCGGCCGCGACAUCCUUGGGACCCGCUGGCUGGAUGCUGCGACCCUGGGAUUGUGCCUUGCUGAGAGCGGAUCGCCGUCACCUCUGGGUUUUGUGGAGGGCCAGGAGGUGGCUGUCCCCGACACUGUGUGCCCUUGUGGAGUGGAGCGCGGCGGCCCCCGGCGGACCGGUGGCUAAGGGGAAGUCGGCGCCUGCCCUAAGAGGCCGGAGAAGGGUGAGACACAAGACGGCCUUCGCCUCAUCCGGCUGGGGCUCCGGAGGCGCGGUGGGGGUGCAGGGGAUGACUGGCGCACGGACUCUAGGUGGGGGGGUCUUGUGGGCUAGUGGGUCCCCGGGUGCCCGCUGCGCUGAAGAUCCCCUGGUCGGAAGCCCGGCAUGACCUGGGGGGGCGCGGCGAAAGGCCGGCGCCCCGGGGACUGGCUGCGGAUGGGUCUGCAGUCGGCUCCCUCUGCUCGGAAUGUGUUGUACCUGCAGCCCGCCCGCUGUCGGGGGACUAAGAUGAAUACGCAGCUUAUGACAAGGGACUCAGCUACACAGCAGAAGCAUUCGAGACUGACCUUAUAAGCUGACUGCCAUGCUUGUCUGAAAGUUUCAGAAGUUCUAUAAUAGUACUCUUCUGUACGAGCUGAAUAUUUAGGGAUUCUGGCUCAUGUUAUUAGAUAAUUAGGAUGUUUUAAUAUGAAUAAGUUUAUGGGUUCUUGCUUUGCAUUGCCACCGGAGGCGCUUGUUCCCUGAUGUCUCUCAAUACACUUGAUCCAUGACAUGCUUAUUUUGCAAUUAGCUAGACACUGCUAUACUGUUACAGAUAUGAUGUAAUGUUGAUGACAUUAUCUCUACUAUCAAUACACUUGAAUCCUGACAUGCUUAUUUUGCAAUUAGCUAGACACUGUGGGGCCAUUACAGAUAGGAUGCAUCAUUGCCUCACGGUGCCUGACUAAUAUACCAUUUCCACCACAUAUGUUCACCGCACCAUACUUAUUGGCGGUUAUUUAAGCUUAACGAAGCCCUUCAUGCUGAACAUGCACUGAGCUUAGCAUCAGCAUCUGUUCGCUCCUAUAUUCACUCAUCAGUUGAUUCCAAACAAGUUAAGCAUUAUCGAAUAAGGCUCACAGCUACGUGCAUACUAAUGUUUAAUAGUUAAAAGCCAAGUUUUAAACACAGCGGUAGCGUACGUCUAGAGCGCUAACCAGAUAGUUGAAAAAGUUUUUAUAUCUUAGAUUACUGCUUAAUGUCGGACUCCAAUUAGCCAGCUGAUUCACCUGCCUCUGCACAGGCGAGAAUUUGCAUUUACCAACUAGCAAACACGUAGCUCUGGCACAUGCCAGUUAACUUAAAACAAUUAAUUAAUGCUAUAACCGAACUAAAAAGGUAACACAGUACAACACAAAGCAACCCACUGUGCACGAAAAACACAAGCUAGGACAAAUCCGCCUCUACGCAGACAACCAAAUGUAUAUGCAGUGUUAAACCAAUGCCUAAGCCCCUGCGUGGGCAAUCACUUUCUUUAUUACAAAUCAAUUUGAUGUAUGACUUUAUAUUAUGCACACAAUAAAAAUAUUUAAAACAAACUUUACUCCAAAUUAAGCCGAUAUACUUGUCUUAAAGGACCACUAUAGUGCCGGAAAACAAACUCGUUUUCCUGGCACUAUAAUAUUAAUAGUUCCCCCCCACCCUCAGGGGCCCCCCUCCCUCCCGCCCGGCUGAAAAACUGUAAACUGGGCUGGCUGGAGGUAGGUAGAUAGCAGAUGCCAUAUGACUUCAAUCUGCUUAUUGAACAGUUUAAUUUAACCUAUGUAAUAAAUGGAAUCACAGCCUUGGGGUAAAUGACAUAUCAUAUAAAACCACUGCUGUGCGCAAGGGGUUCUAUUUUAGUAAUUGUAUACAUGAUUUAUUGUUGUGCAUUAUGAGUUUAUCAAAAUGAGAGAAAUUCCUGUGGAUCUAGUCACUUCACAGCUAUUUUUGCCCUCAAGGUGGCUAAAUGAUUUGGUUUUAUUUGUUAAAAUCAUAAUAGAUGUAGAUUUGACUUUAAACAAUUUUUUGGGGAAAGUGAAAGUCAUUUAAUCUAUAUUUGCAGUGGACCUGUGCUUUUGUACUGAUAAGAAGUCUUAGUGUACACAUUUCCAGUAUAAAAUACAUUUCUAUAUCUUCAAUUACUAGAAUCCAUGUAACAGAACAUAUUAGUCAUAUAACAGCUGCAAGAGGCCUCCUUGCUUAAUGUGGGACAGUACUGAUUUUGGGUACCUUUCAUACCGUCCCAGGUUUGUUCCCUGGUGUCCUGGUUUUUGGGUGAACAGGAAACUGUCUAGAAUAAGUGUAGUAUGAGAACAUCAUUAGAGGCACUUACACUUUGCUAAGGUUGUCAGGCAAUAAGCAGAGUCCUAUAACCGUGCCCUGUGCAUUGUUCAACCUUAACGGGGCCAGACAACGUGGGCCUCAAUUUAAUAUUUUUGGAUACACUUUUAAAUGAUUUAAAAAAAAAUUAAGAUAUGUAUAAAUAUUUUUUUUUAAAUCAUAUAUAAAAUAUAUAUAUACCAAUACAUCAAAAGCAAUUUUUUUCAAAAUAUUAAAUAAUUUUAAACGUUUAUCUGAAACAGUUCAAUUAUUUUAAAAGCUAACCAAAAAAAAUUAAUUGAGGUUGUGAUUGGCAGACAUGACAGGCUGACAUGUCCUUUAUUCGGGUGGGCCUGCUCCCUUUCAAUUACUUGCUUUCCCACCCACAUACUGCUUUACAUAACUCCCUACAAUAUAAGUAAAGAACAUCUCUAUAAACUACAUUCCAUUACUGUUUGUAUAUUCAAACAAUACUUAUGUCAUCUUAUUCUGCGUAACUGAAAACCGGAGGGAUUACCAAAAUUGUCUCUCAGCUGAUACAAACUAUUACUGGCAAUACAAACUCUAAUGGUGGGUGAGGAAUUUCUCAUUUAUCUCCCAGAAAGAGUAUAUAAGUCCUUUAUGUUUAGAUUUUACAUAGACAGGGAGAGAACUGUUGGUCCUGUGGGUUUUCUUUUAUUAACAGUUUUUGUAUGAGUAAUUUAUUAUAUAAUUAUUUAUUUAGUGAGAACUCUGCAAUAUAAACUCUUCAAUAAGAUUAAGUUUUCUGGGUGCCUAUAGUGUCCCUUUAACAGGACAGGCAUGCAUUUAACUUGAAACUAAUUUACUCUAAAUAUUUUCCCUAAAUAAAAAUGCAGGUUUUUUGUGAAACAUUACACAAAGUACACAUCUAUGCUGAAUAAAAAAAUAUUACAGUGUGCUUUGGUUUAAAACUUUUCCUUUCUCCUCAGAUACUCCAUGCAGGAGAUGUAUGAGGUGGUGUCCAAUGUGGAAGAAUACAAACAGUUUGUACCUUGGUGUAAAACGUCGACCAUAAUCUCAAAACGCACAGGAUAUGCUAAAGCACAGCUGGAAAUCGGCUUCCCACCCAUCAUGGAGCGCUAUACAUCCAUUCUCACAUUAGUGCGUCCCCACCUGGUUAAGGUAAGGUUGUUGGUUUAUUCAUGUUUUUUAUAAUGUAAUAAAGAUAGUCUUGCACAUAUUUAUCAAGCAAGGAUCUUUAUGAUGAUCAGUAUUGAUCAUCUUUUUUAUCUAGGGUUAGCCAUAUACUUUUGAAGUACAACUGUCAUCUCAAAACAAUUUUUUUAAUAUAAAAGUUUCAUACAUUUUUGAAAAGCUAUUUAUUUUGUUAUAUGAAGUAAAUGUAAAAAAAAAAAAAAAAAAAAAUAAAAGUAUAUAACAGGAUCCUUCAGCUAUUUAUUUACACUGACAUCUUCAGUGAUUCCCCCGCCCCACUACCAUUGUAUUUGCAUUGUAAAGACUUCUGGUAAGUGUGUUAGAUAGAAGCAUGUUUUUGUCACGACUACUGUGUGACCCAACACGCAAAACUAGAACAUAAACAACGUAUACUUAGAAUGGCUGGACUUAACGUUAAAGAGAGAGGUCAGGGAUACAGAAUGCAAAAAUACUAGCCCAAGGUCAGGAUACUAGAAGUAGGGAAAGUCAAAAUACAAGCCAAUGUCAAAAAACAGAAAAUAUAACCAAGAACGCGCUUUCUGACAACCAACAAGUGGAAACCACGAAAGGGCACUGAAAAAGCAAUUACAGGGUUUAAAUAUGCCUCUCAGUGCUGAGAUUGGUCAGUACAUGGCCUUUGACCCCAAAACUUGCAUGUGACGUCACAAACACACCAGUGCCAUCUUUAGUGUGGGAACUGUUUCAUUUACUAUUAAGAAUGGGACCGCAGCAGCCAGCGUCCCUUAGAAUGCCACGCCAGCCAGGAUCUGUCUUACUAGAGGAUCGGGCGGCAAUCCGUGAGUAACUUUCUCCCAUCAGGGCGCAAUCGCCCUGCUCAUGUGCGGCAGCACCGACCGGGGACUCAUUUGCGGCUAAAGUAUCUGCGUGACUGCACAGUUCAGAUGCGGCCAUGCCGAUACAAUCCCCCAGCGCCGUGGCUGUUUUACAUUUUCCCCCUAUUGAUGACUAGCGAUGCAGCUGGUUUUGAACAGGGCAUGACUCUUGGGUGGGUAGAGCCCAGCAGGUUGGGAAGGGGGGGAGGGGGAAGUGCCCACAUCAUUAAACUUCACCAGUUGCCACUGAUAACAUUCAGCCGUACCAUGAUAAAUCCAUUUUCAGAACACCGCCAUAAAAAAUAUAAUCUUGUGACGGAGCUCCUGUACUCUGACCUAGUACCUCCGACCAGUCUAAUUCCUAGCCGCUUGCAGGAACCCUGGAACACUUCCGCCACAGCUUGACUGGGGUCCUUCUUGAGCUCUUCCACCUGACCAGGCUGCAGCUCUCCUUCCAGGCAGUUAUCGCCCCCUCUGCCUAUUUCACUGUAAUCCUCCGCUCUACCAGCUGAGCUGUUGAAGGAAAUGUGUCCUUUUUCCAGGCAGGUAUCCACAUCCACCUGCAAUGUUACAGCUCUUGUCUUUAAAAAGACACUUGCAGCUCUCAGGCUGAAGUAAACUUUACUCGCUAGUUGCAGUAAACCUGGAAUUAAUUAUUAUAUUAAUAACUAAAAAUAAUAACCUAAAAACCGAGUCCCCACUCCUUGCUUUCGGCAAUUCAUUAAUAUUUAUUAAUAGAGGCUAAUUAAACAAAUAAACAAUACAUAUACAUUUGAAAUAGGCUAGUAUAUGUUGCUACCAAAACUAGUCAUUGUAAACUAGUAAACUAAAUUAACAUAUUAAAACAUGCAUAGACACAUGAUACAGUUACCACUCCAUUGAUCAUCUGCUGAGAGUAAGAGAGGAGAGAGCAUGUGGUAUUCACAGGGCUUUUAUCAGGAUAGCCCUUCCUUAUUUUGGACACGCCUCCCUCAGCCUAUCCAUUAGGAUAUAACAGAACCAGAGUGACUUCUGGGGGAAAAGGGAUUGCACUGGAUGGGAAUGGAGGAAGAGUUUAUCAACAACCAAACUGGUUUUGCUUCGUGAAAGGCCAUGUGCUCACAGAGGACUCCAUUAUUCCCUAUGGGUAGGAUGUGGUUUGAAUCCCUGUAUACAAUAACAUUUCAUUGGCAUACAGCUUGGCUUUUAAUCAGUCCCCCCACUUAUUACACAGGCAUAGCUUUCUUCCUUAAUCACAGGGGUAGAGGGAUCGUUCAGCGAGCAAACAGGUCAGAAGACUCUAUCACUGGGAUCCCUAGAAAUACACACAGAACACAAGUUCCAAAAGGAACUAACAUACAAAACUUUUUCUUUUCCCUCUGGACUAGCCCAUAGACUCAUUGCAUGUAGAAUGCUGUAACAACUUAAAUAAAAUACACAUAACCAAAUCAUAGCAGACAACAUACAGCAACUUAUUCACAUUGACAUAGUUAUAAGGCGGUGGGGAAGUCCAUAAUUAACACAAAAUAUCUCUCCUGCCUGCAGAAUUAGGUGUUGUGUCCUUCAUUAUCCAGGGAUCUGAAACACUUCUUUGAUAAUCACUGAAAUCAGAGAAUGAUUGGAAGCUCGAUAUCUGUGUCCUGGUUCACUGCGGGCACACUAAAAGCAUUUGUGACUGUGUAACAUUACAUACACACGUGAUUUUUAUAUAAAAAAAAUUUUUUUUAAUACUUACACCAGUUGUCAUAUGCCUCAAGCAGACAUGAACUAGUCUUCCAAAAAUACUAUAAUUAUAGUGUAAAUGUUGACAUUUUCUGGGUAUAUAAAAAAUAAGUAUGCACAGGAGUUAACUUUGAGUUACUACCAAAACUAAAAAAAAAUUUUGUUUUAAUUUUAUUUUUUGUACAUGUUUGCAGUGAUAUUUCCCUUUAUUUUAUAAGUUGUAAAACUAAAACAUAGUUUUACAAGGAUACCAGUCUGAUUUACUCCUUGAUAUUGUGUGCGUGUGAACUAGAAUCCAAAUUGGUCUCUGCCAGUUUGGAAACUUUCCAAAUGUUUUUCUUGCCCUUUAUAAGUCCUAGAUAGAUUGCAAAGUCACAAGACAUUGGCCGAGAACAAAAUUGGAGAUUGCUUCAAGCCAGGGGGGUGUAAACCAGGGACAAACUUGUAUCCUAUUUUUUUUAUUUUUUGAAAAAAAAAUAUUUGCUUGUGCAGAAGUAUAUGCCUAUAUCUGUAAUGUUAACUGUUCAUGUCUCCAGGCAAUUUGUACCGAUGGACGCCUUUUCAACCAUCUGGAGACCAACUGGCGCUUUAGUCCUGGCAUCCCUGGAUACCCUCGUACAUGCACUGUAGAUUUCUCGGUAGGUUAAAUUUUGGAUUAUACCACCUGCAUUGAUAUUGGAGCACCUGCAUAUUAACAAUGUAAUUGUUAGAUCAUUUUGUUAGUGAUCCUAUUCGAUUGGAACAAUAUCCUUUUCUAGAACUGAUUUCAAGAGCUGAAAUUAAGACCGUUGUUUAGGAUGCUUUAUUACCUGUUGCUAAGUUUUUCUAUUUUUGGUUGUUGCUUUUUUAAUGUAUAUUUCGAGGUAAGUACCUAGUUUACACGAUCAACCAGUCUUCAAAAAUAGUUUGGAGUCUCCAGUGUCAUAUAUGAUACUUGUAUAUGGGAGAGAUUAUAAUUGAGCUUAUGAUAUCUAGGUGAGUAUGAAGUAGGAACAUGUUGGGUGAACAAUAGCCAGAUGUAAUAUGUUGUCUCCUACAGCAUCAAACUCUUUGGACAGCAAACAUUGUUUAUUUGAGUACUACCUGAAUGGGGGAAUGCAGGUUUUUGCAGAAAAGCAUUAAAUACAUAGUUCACGUUGACUUUUGAGCCCUCUGAUGGAUGGACACACUAAUAAUAAACACGAGGCCCUCUGUUCUUCAUGAUUUUAAAUGUCUAAAAGUAGUAGUUCCUGAGCAGUAAUGUCUUUCAGAUCCAUUUCAGCCGUGUAAGUAGCAGUUUUAUGUCCUGAUAAACUGUAACUACUAUAAGUUGUAACUACUGGCAGUUAUGCUAUUUUUCUUUCCACUUUUUUUUUUUUUUUUAAAUAAUCGUAUAACGUUUAUUAAACAGUCGCAAUAAAGAACAAAAUAUUCAAAGUGUCGGUAAAAUAUACUUAGCAGGGAUGCAUACAAGGGAAAAGUAUAUAAAACAAAAUGUAGCGUAGAGUUGGCAAAUCAGGGACAAAGAUCCAAUAAUAAUCCAUUGUAAGUGGGGAAAAUGGUACCAAGAGCCGUUGACUGCUCGAAAUAAAAAGAAUAGAUAGAAAGAAAGGCAUGACGAAAGAGGAGGGGGGGGAAAGGUGAGAUGAGGAAAAUACAGGAGGAGGCACAUAUUGUAAAGGGGAAACGACUCCAAGCCUAAACUCCAGUGCCCAAUUCAGAAGAGGUGUGUCUAAAAUUACCAAGGUAAGGAAAUAUAGAAUUCACCAUCCGUUUCCCUAGAGCCCGACAACUUUUUGGACAUUCUUUGAAACCAAUAAAACCAGUUGAAAGUAUAGCUUUGGUGCCUUUUGUGUGUGGGGGGUGGAGAAAUUAUUUGUUCAUAGGAAUGUGAACAUUCUGAGAAUCUGGACUUGGAUUGUAGGUACCACUAUCUGUUUUGUUUUUUUUUUGGGGGGGGGGAGUGGGAGGGUUGUGUUUUUUUUGUUUUCUAGAGCCUUUGGAUGAGGCUGCGUGUGGCUUUUAAUUAAGUGUGUGAUUACUGAUAGAUUAGAAUGGUAACUUUUAUGAGAUGCAAUAGCAUACUACCCCAACAUUGGCGUUCUGAGAGACUGGACUCUGCUAGGAUGAGAUAAAAGGGGCCAGUGACUCAAUUGUGCCACUGAUUUUGCCUAAAGGGGAAGGCAGGACUUGCCGGGAGAACUAGGGAUGGUUUGGAGGCAUGCAAUAGGUAUGUUCCCAUUGUGAAUUGAAGAGAAGAAUCCACCAUCCAGGAGACCACCUAAUAGAUCUAUUGCCAGAAAGGUGUUAUCAGAGGUAACCCCACCAACAUUCCAGGUCAGCUUUAAAAUAAAUUAGAUAAAAUCUCAGGGGUGCAGUGCCAGUGUGUGAUCAGUUUAUAUCCUUCCUCAUGAUAUUAGGUGCUAAUGGACUAUUAAUGUGUGAGUAAGAAAAUUAGAUCCUAUUGAGUUCUGUCCAGGGAGAUUAGUAAAUCUCACAAUUCACUACUAGGGGAGGGAGGAAUUCAGCUAAUGGGGUUAUUAGUAAUUUGUACAGAAAGGAAAUUCAAUGAGGUUGGGGUCCUGAAUGUAAACAGAGGUCCUCAUUGUAGGAGAGUGUGCACGUGGUUUGCGCAUUGUGGAGAAUGGGAUGGACUUAAUGGUACCGGACCAUCAGGGAGGGUGCAAGAAGGCCCAGUAGGCAACCUAAAGAGGUAAAAAGCCCCACUAACACAAGCUUUUAUAGUGUUAGAGGGGAGGAAACGACAUUUGGAAAGAGGGGGUGGUGAGCAGGAGGCAUAGGUGGAUUGUCUGAAAGUGGAAUCAUGCAUAAGGGGAAAGAAGCGAGAGAGUAUUAAAGAGUCAGGUGUAUAGUGUAGACAGAAUGGUCAUGUGGCAGGCAUAGAGGAGUUUGGGAUGGAAGGAUGAAGUAAAGGAGAAAUUAUGAUAGCUCAUUCUUGGUGACCGCCACUACAGGGUCCUUUACAUUCAUGACAGAGUUUGGCUUGGGUAUGUGAUGUUUGACGUCCUCACAAAUUGAAUGAUGAUGCUGAUGUCUUCAAAUGCUGCUCAUAUGAAACCGUCGGAUUCAAUUCUUUGCUAUGUAAAACAUUUGAGUCGAUGUGCUCAUCAUGCAUGCACAUCAUUGAAAAAUUUACCUCUCCAGUAGGUGGAGGAGGAGCAGGUGGCAGCACCAAGUGAAAUUUUGCUCUGGAAAAAUAGUCAAAAAGUGUUUGUGUUUUUAAUGCUAAAAUGUUUCUUUAAGCACCAAUGACAUUAAUCUCACAUAAGUACUAAAGUAUAAAUAUCACUUCAGCCUUUCUUGAAGAUUAAGCCUUCAUAUCCAUUUAUAAGCUCAUUGUUAAUUAACCCUGAUGUAUUGUUUUAAAAGAUGUAGAAAUACAUAUAUAGCUAAUUUAUUGUUAGGAAAAAAUAAAAAUUCAAGAGAAACCUUGCAACAGGAAUCAUGCUCUUGUGCUCCGGUGGUGCAUUUUUUUGUUGUUCACUGACUGGUUCUUUUAGCAAAUGUUCAAUCCGAAAAAAAUAUGUUGCUCCACAUUUCUGCACAAGGCAGUGAGCUCUCACAUCACCCAUGCUACCAUGCUUGUGCCAAUUGUUUGGCUCAGUUGCAAAAAUAAAUACUUCUGCUGCAUUCACAAAUGGUGUGCAUUUAUAAAUGUUAUUGGGUAUGCAUAUGAUUUUUUUUUCCUGAAGCACUCUUAUUUGUACUUCUGUCUCCGUUAUAGAUAUCCUUUGAGUUUCGGUCCCUCCUGCAUUCCCAGUUGGCUACUGUCUUCUUUGAUGAGGUGGUAAAGCAGAUGGUUGCUGCCUUUGAGAGGCGAGCAGGAAAGAACUUUGGCCCUGAGACAGUAAUUCCUCGUGAGCUUAUGUUCCAUGAAAUACACCAGACGUGAUGACCACUGGAGGGCCGCUUGGUACCGGGAGAGAAUGCAAGAAGACAUCAGCGCAAACCAACCCAGAAGUCCACACAUCCACUAUUGAAGAUGUGCCCCUCACCUCCCCUCCACAGCUUUGUGCACUCACUGGGACAUCAAGCCUUUGAACCACACUUUUUUUUUUUUAUAUAUAUAUAUAAGCAAAAUAUUUAUUUAAAGUCACAUCAAAUAUAUAUCAUCAAUAGUCUUCAAUGACGGGACAGAGGUUGGCAUGCUUCACCCCACCAAAACUGGUGCCUCCUGCAUGGCUGAAGCUACUUUUUUUUUUUUUGUAGAGUGUGUUCUUAUAGUAGUUGGUUUUAAGGUGUAUAACAGAGGAUGAUAAACGGUAGGGAAGUCUUUAGAACUGUGAUUAUUUUCAUAUCACAGUGGAAAGAGGACUUAGCAGCACUGAUAGAUUAUUGUGCUUGAAUCUACCUUCUAAUUUUCUGCCCAUUUUUAAUAUGAUAACCCAUACCUUGGUUAAGCUCACCCAAUUGUGAAAAAAAAAUAGUACACUAUUCAUCCCAGAUUCCUCCUCUGCACAAUUUAUAGUUUUCAAAUAGAAAAAGUCUUGUUUCCAUACAUCUCAAAUAACAAAAUCUGAAACCGUAACACCAGUGACAAGAUUAUUUUGUAGACGGGGCUGAUCUGCCUGAUGAUCAAUUGGCUACCAUUUUGCACUAACGUUACUUUCCAAAACAAGACCAGAUUAGGUAUUAUUAAAGUCAAACUUUUCAGGUUACAUCUAGUUAGGUGAGCUAUUGUGACUUAUGAGGCUAGAAGCAAAACUGGAAUUAGACCAUCAUCAGAAUAAUUGACAAUUUUCAUUUUACUGUCACAUUUAGCAAUAUGCUGUUCUAUGCAAUGUUUGUGCUUGUUCUACUGCGUGCUAGUAGAUGAUCAGUAGGAAGCUACUUGUAUAUUACCAAAUUAGCCUGGGAGACUUUGUCUGAUUGUGAGGAAAGCAGGAAAAUGCAUAAAAGGACCUGCCACAGUCAAAGGUGGCCUACACCCUUAACUUUUCCUUUUUUUUUGGUUUAGAUUUCUUACACAGACCUCUUGAAGGAAGGAUGUAACUUGUACUGUCAAGAAACAAAAAGCCAAAUUGGAGUGUUUGUAAUUUUUCUUGGACCCCCCGAGAUCCUGUAUAUGAAUAUAGAGGAAUAGUGUAUAUUCUAACAACACAUUCUUGUGCAAAAGUAAAAAUAUAUUUAUAUACAUAUAUUAAACAAAAAAACUAAACAAGCACUCUAGCCCUUUAGUGAAGGGAUGGGAAUUUUGCUGGCUGCCUGCCAAGCUAAAACUGUUUACGGACAAUAAAGUGCAAUACCAUCCCGUCCUUUAUAUUGCUGCUGUAUGACUAGCCAAGAGCUCACAGAAAGGAAAUGAACUCGACCUUAUAGAGUCUUGGGUGUUUGUGCUGAUAUUGAGCUGGAGAACAUCAAUACCUUUGGUGCUCUGGAGAUGCAUCUAGUGGAAAACCUGUUAAUUCCCAUCAGCAUGUGCGGCUAAAAGCAAUUGCAGUUAUUUUCUUAUAGGUGGGAGGAGAGUCCGGGACCACUUGUUAUUAAACUUCUCCUCGUUACUAAUGCAGGUGGAUUUGUUAUGCUCUGCAACAAAGGUUGGGGAAGAAUUAUUGGGAAAACCAACAGAUCUUCUUAAAAACAUGUUGUCUCUCUACCUCCUGCCGUUGUAUCUGUCCAGUUUUUUUUUUUUUUUUUUUUAAUGUAGAGCUGUCAAAACAAACACAAGGGACUCCUUUCAAUAAAACAACAAACAUUUGUAAAGGUGCUAAAUGAUAAUGUGAUCACGAUUAUUUUAUUUUUUUCUAAUCUACUUUUGCAGUAGACUCCCUACAGUGAUGACUCCCUAGAAAUAUGGUUGAUAUUUAGUGCUGUUCCAUAAAUGUUAUCUGUUAAAAGGGUGGCAACCUGUGAAGACUCAGCAUGGGCUUCUAUUGUAUGCAUAAGUGAGACAAUGAAAUCUGAAAACCAGUGAAAAGAUAAAUAUCUAUUGACAGGCUAGAAUUUCCAAACACAAACCGUUGUUACACCAAGGCUGGCUGGAUUGUGCUAGACAAUUUAGAUAAAAUGAACAUAUUUAUUUAAACCCAGUAUAUUUACAGACAUAAAAUCAAAUAUAUACCUAGCAGAGGAUUAAAGCAGUCCAAUCAAUCACAUUACGAUUACUGCAAUCAUGGUGGAGUAUAAAUCGUCUGAAUUUAUUGGGCUGGCAGCAGUAUCUCAUGUAAGUGCUUAUAGUGCAUAAAGUCCUCUGGCAACAUCCCUCCAUCCAGUGUUAAACCAUUUUCUAAUAUGUUAAAAGUAAAUUAGAGUUCAAGGGCCCCUGCUUUUAGCCUAUCACUGCAGCAUAUAAGGGGCCAGCCCUUAUGUGCUGCAAUGAUAGACUAAGAGCGCUGGCUGACCAUUCUCCAUUUAUCAUACCCACCUACUACUGGUAUUAGACGGUAUGGCUAAUUGGCACAAUUGAUACUUGGAGGCCUCAUAACUUCCAAGUGUAUUUCAGAAUCUUUAGAACCCAAAUCAAUCUGUCCUGCUUUUCUCUCCAGUUGUCCCUCUGGUUUUUUUGGGGUUGUUUUUCUAGGAGAUCAGCAUUGUUGGUGUCAGGAUAUUGCAGGACUGUGCAGCAACAAAAUUUGCACUCAUUUUCUUUCAAAUAUAGUAAAUAUGUUCAGUACGUAUUGUGUGUAAAUAAAAUACUUUAUGUUAUAAGUGGCUAUAAACAUUUAAUGAAGUAUCUGAAAUGUUCUGGAAUGGCUUUGUCCUUAAGAACAAUCAGAAGCUCUGGUCGUUCAGAGUGUUUGGAAGCAUAACCCUGGCAUUCCCAUUACAAUUUUGUUCUCUGGUGUCUAUCAUCCGUGGUCACUAAGGAACUGUCCCAAACGGCAGAGUCUGAGCGCAUUAGACAAGUUUAUGCUGUAGGAUCAUUCAGAGAGCUCUUCAGAGCAUGGUCUUCAUGAUUUGCCUUGAGUGGCAAGCCCCUCAAGAACCGCUUACUUCCUGUAUGGAGUGCAGAGGUAUGCCUAUAGUAUUCUAUAAUUAUGGGGAAGGGAACUGUAUUUUCUGCCAAGUGUACCUAAUGUUCC